UUCUCGACACACACUCCGAAGCCUCGGCACAGUACGUCCCGUCACUACUUAUUUGACUUUUAAUCAAACAACAAUGUCUUCAGUUGAGAAUUUGAAAGAAUAUGUUAACAAGCGGCUAACUGCUGCUGCUGAAGAAAUAUUCGGUGUUUUUAUAAAAACUAUCGUCGAGUACGAGGAAGAGAUCGACCGUCAGCGCAGACUGUUGGAUGUCGUUGGGAAACCUGGAGUAAAUAUACACAGGACAGAGCUCCCACAGCAGCGUGUCUGUGAAGAGGAGGAGCUUCCUGCUGACCAGCAGCUCUGGGAUCAGGAGAGGAAUUCCAGUCUGGACCAAGAGGACCCAGAGCCUCCACAGAUUAAAGAGGAACCGGAGGAACUCAUCACCAGUCAGGAGGGAGAGCAGCUUGUAGUGAAACAGGACACUGGUACCUUUAUGUUCUCUCCUACUUAUGCGGAAAGUGGCCACUGUGAAGAUGGGACUCUGUAUUUUAAUCCUGAUAAAGGUCAGAGUGCAGCAGACAAAGAGCUUCCAGAUAGCAUGUGUAUCAGUGGGCUGAAAGAAGAAUCUGACUGUGAAACUACUGAAGUAUCAGAAGCAAACAGUGACCACCAGCUCCUCUCUCCUCUCUCAGAUGUAGCUGGAGAGCCGGGAUCAAGUAGAAAUGAAGAGCCAAAGCAACAUGGUGGCGUAUGUAACUCUACUAUGGCAACAGUUGACUGUAAUAAUCUCGCAGACAAAAAGUCUUUCAAAUGUGACACGUGUGAGAAGGAAUUUAGGUACAAGUCACAUUUGCAGAGACACCUGAUAAUACACACAGGGGAGAAACCGUAUUCGUGUGAAACAUGUGGUAAAGAUUUCAGAUCUAGCAGUCACUUGAUAGGUCACAUGAAAACGCACACAGGUGAAGGUGAAAAGCCAUGCCUUUGCAACACCUGUGGAAAAAGAUUCAGUGAUGAUUUAGCAUUGAAAAGGCAUAUGGCUACCCACACGGACGAGAAGUUAUACCCUUGCCAAAUAUGUGGGAAAGCUUUCAGACUUUCUAGUCGCUUGCUAGGUCACAUGAGAACCCACUCAGGUGAGAAGCCAUAUGUUUGCAACACCUGUGGGAAAAGAUUCUCUUGGAGGUCAGAUUUGACAACCCAUACAAGAAUCCAUUCAGGUGAGAAGCCAUAUUCGUGCAAAACAUGUGGAGAAGAUUUCCGACUCAAAAGUGACUUGGUGGUCCACAUGGGGAUUCACACGGGGGAGAAGCCGUAUUCCUGCACAAUUUGUGGGAAAGGUUUCAACUGGACUAGUUCCUUAAGACUACACAUGAGAACGCACACAGGGGAGAAGCCGUAUGUCUGCAAAACCUGCGGGAAAGGGUUUAGUGACAUUUCAUCGAUGAAAAAGCAUGAAAGAAUCCACACUGGUGAGAAGCCGUAUUCUUGCGAAACAUGUGGAAAAGACUUUGGACGUCAUAGUGGCUUGUUGGUCCACAUGAGAAGAGCCCACACAGGUGAGAAGCCGUACCUUUGCACAAUCUGCGGGAACAGUUACUUUGAUGCAUCUGAUUUGGCAAAGCACAUUAAAUCACAUCGAGGCAAGUAGCCUUCUAUUUGUAAAAUGUGUGAAUAGGCCUGUUACGAUAACACAUUUUUUAGGACAAUAUAUUUUUCCCAGAAGCUAUCACAAUAAACAAUAGUAUUGUUGUAUCAAUGUUGUUUUAGUUUUAGAACAGAAUUAGAACAUAAUAAGUACAUCCCACAAAAAUGAUUUUUUCAAUCCCGAUAAUAUUAAACAUUGAAUUGUGGAAAAGAAAUACUAAAAUAUCCUAGAUAAACAAAACCUAAAUAAAUAAACUACAACCAAAACAAAAAUAAUUGACAUUCAGGCUAUGUUAAUAAAACAUGGCAAUGAGAUAAUCAUGUUUUAUAUUAUUUUAUUAUUAAAAUAACAAACAGCUGGAAUGGCUGCUUGGGAAAUAUAGUUGGGGGUUUUUCUGCAAUUUGUACUGUCUGUCAAACAUUUGCAGCAUUACUUUAAAUACAACACUAAAAGUCACACAUGUAAACAACAAUAUAUUGAGUCCAGGAAAAAAAACUAUUGUGUCCAUUUUUAUAUAUUGGACAAUAAGUUGAUACAGUCAUUAUGGUGACAGGCCUAUGUGUGAGACGGUUCAGUUCUCGCGGUGCAUGGUCAAAACACAAGAACCUACAGAAGUGAGGAGUAGCAUAUCUACAGCCCUUGAAGGAAAAGUUUUACCAAAAACAAGUACUUGAAAACAUGUCUGAGAAUCAAUAUACAUAGCUGGAAAUCCUGGUUAAUGAAUAAAUACACUUUGCAAAGUUCCUCAUCGAGAGUACGUCACAAUAUAUUGACGUAGCACGCUGUCAUCAAUGCCAACAAGUUUGUUAAACUAACCUUGUUUUCUUCCUUCAUAUUACUGCAGUAGUCAUGUUUUGUUGGCAACAGUGUGCCUUAAAACGACCAGAAUCUCCAAAGUCUUUGUUGCACAGUGAGUUCAUUGUUCUGUAAAAUGUUAGAUGGGAUUUUUUGUUUGUCUUUGGAUAUACCCACCUUAGUUAUUUGAGUGGAUUGUGAACUCUCUGAUCUUUAAUGAUCUUUAAAUUGGCUUUGUUAAUUCUGUUAAGAAAAACUCCAAGGUAAUCAUAUUGAUCGCUACUGUAAUAACUUUUUUUAAUAUAUAUGUAUGGUUUUAAUUGAAAUGGCUAUGAAUUCUUUUUUAUUUCUAUUUGAUUUGACUUGUGUCUGCCUUUAUUGUAUGUAUCUCUGUGCCACUGUAAAAGACUGUUCUGUCUCAGUGUGUUUUCUGAGGUUUAAAAUUAAUAAAAUUAAUCAAAUGUGAAGAAAUUAA